AUGAAAGCUAGUGUUACAACGGCUGUGCUCCUUGGGGCCGUCGGUAUUCUUUGUCAAACGACAGUCCUCACCCCCCGACUCAUAACUUACAAUAUCCGUUGGGCUACACCUAUAACUGGCAUCAACGAAGCACGUUGGUCCACCCGUCGGCCCCGCCUCGCCGCUCAGCUCAACUAUGAAACAGCAGUACGCCCCGAGUCUCUUUUGUGCAUGCAAGAAGUCGUCGAGCAGCAACUCCUUGACAUUUCCGAAGACCUCGGGCCCUCUUGGGCCCACAUCGGCGUUGGCCGCGACGACGGCGUUGCCGCUGGAGAGUUCUCCCCCAUCUUCUAUCAGCCGGAUACAUGGAGUCUCGUUGAGAAUAGAACCUACUGGCUAAGCGAGACUCCAGAAGUUCCAGGUUCCAGGGGCUGGGACGCUGCGCUUCCACGAAUCGUCACCGUUGCGUCGUUCAAGCAUAUUAAGACUGGCUUGCCUUUGGUAUACAUGUGCACACAUUUCGAUCACCAGGGAAAGAUGGCACAGGAACGUAGCGCAGAGCUUUUAGUUGAUCUAGCCCAGGAGUUGGGAUCAUUGUUUGAGGGAACGACACCCGUCUUUCUUGGCGGUGACUUGAACAUCCCACCAGAUAACGCAGCCUACCAGACGCUGGUUGCGGAGAGCAACAUGCACGAUACCCGCAAUAUUGUACACCAAGCGCGCAGAACAGGUCACUCGAAGACGUAUACCGCUUUCACAGACAUCAAUUGGGACGAUACACUGAUAGACUACCUGUUUGUGCGGGACCCGACGGUUCGCACCAUGGAGUUCUUGAGUCACGCGGUGUUGCCCAACAAGUUUGAUGACGGGCUUUAUAUCUCAGAUCAUAGGCCCGUCGUUCUGGACGUGAGAGUUAGUGUUGAGGCUGCUUUUGACUAG